AGAGACGAAGAAGAAAUCGGCUUUUGUUGACGGAUGUUGAGUGCUCUGUUUAACUCUAGCAGUUCAUAAUCAGAUUUAUUGAUAUGUUUACGGACGAAGCCCAAGUGCCAGUGAGUAUCCAGUCUUCCUGGAGAAAAUCUCAGCAGACGGCGCAGGAGUCGAGAGGUUGUCAAACCAGAGCCAUUCACAGUGCUGAAGCAGGAGUACAGACUCGUUCCAGUGUCAUCAGCAGUACACAGACAGAGCUCCAGGAUCAUGUAACGACCCAAUUUCUCCAGGACCCCCAAAAUGUGUUGCAUUUGUCCGGCUUGAAGGACUUCCUACAUCAGGUUGAAGUCCCAGUCAUCCGAGAGCUGGUCAGAAAUUCCAAGAGUCAUGCUUUUGAUGGCUUUCAGGUGAACUGGGAAGAACACAAUAAGAUGGUUUUGUGUCUUCACCAACUUCAACAUCCUAGGGCACUCGAGCGAGAUCUUCAUGUAACAAGCGUGUCCUGGAGUUGUACUGGUGCAGUAAUAGCCUGUGCUUAUGGCAGGAUGGCAGAAGGUGAUUGGAGUAAUGACAAGUCAUAUGUUUGCACAUGGAACCUAGACCAUGGAGGUCUGAACACCAAACAAGCUGAUCUGGUCAUUGAUGUUCCUACUGCAGUGACAUCUCUCUGUUGUCACCCCAAGCACCCCGCUCUCAUGGCAGGUGGUCUGCACAGUGGGGAAGUGGUGAUCUGGGACACCAGUCAGUCUACAGAUCCAGUACUGGCACAAACUGGCAUGUCUGCAGACAGCCACAGAGAGCCUGUUUGUCAGGUGACUUGGGUGGCCCUGCAGAAUAAAAGAGACUUUGGUGUUCUAAGUGCAUGCUCGGGAGGAAGGAUUCUGCUGUGGACAGUGAGCUCGGAGCAAGGAAAACUUGUCCUGAAAGCAGCCUUUGCACUCGUGCAACAGCAGGUUCUUUCGAGCAGGACCAGCUUCAAGGGCCAAGGCACCAGCACUGUGGGUGUCACCUCCUUGGAUCUGUCUCCAUGGGACCCAGACACAUUCUUAGUAGGCUCCGAGGGUGGCCUUCUGCUUAGGUGUUCCCUCUCCUCACAGACACCAGCCGCAGUCUCAUCUGAAUAUCACAGUGUGCCACUGAGAGCCCCGGCCGUCUUCUCCUUUAGGCCUGGCAGCGGCCCCGUCCACUCCAUACACUGCUCACCUUUUCACAGGAACCUGUUUUUGAGUGCGGGAACUGAUGGCCUGGCUCAUCUUCAUUCCCUGCUGCAGACCAACCCACUGCGCUCACUUCGAGUGUCGGACACUUAUGUUUUUAAGGUGCAGUGGUCUCCGACCAGGCCGCUGCUUUUUGCCGCAGCCACGGAACAAGGUGAGGUGAAAAUAUUCGAUCUGAGUCGCAGAUCCCUGAGACCAGCAGCCACAAUUGACCCGGGAGGCGUUGGCCACGCUGCAACCUGUUUGGCCUUCAACUGUCAAAACACUGGCCUCCUUGCAGUGGGUAAAACAGACGGGACAGUUGGUGUUUGGAAGCUCAGCACUGAUUUGACAGAGCAGAUCCCCACAGAAAGCCAUCUCCUGGAGCAGAUAGCCAAUCAAGUAGCAGAAUGACACGAUGGGAUGGAUGGAGACUGCUGCAAUGGACUAUUAGGAGUGCCGGUUUCAGUUGCAGCCAUGUGUCUUGUGGGUUUGGAGUUUCACAAGGCAAGUCAAAAGCUAGUGGACCAAAUACAGCUCAGAAGGUGUUUUACAUGAACAUAGACUAUUCUAUACUCGGUCAUCUCACCUCGGACCAAACUGAGCUGCUUUUCUCUUAUUGAAGACGUAAUAGUGAUGCCAUUGUCGUUCCUGUACAUGCAUUUGCAAAAUGUUGCUGGCAAAAUUAGUUCCACUGUAAGAUUGGUCAUCACAGGCGGAUGAAAAUUGUCAGUGGUUUUGAGUGAAUAUGUGCAAAAACUGCAGCAAAAUAUGGGCUCUGCUCUGGCAAACAAAACAAAAAAAGAGCAAGAGAGACUUGCACUAAUCACUGUCCAUUUCUUGGGCUACAACCUGUACCGCACUGGCUCCACAUGCUCCCCUCUCAUUUCAUAUUGCGUAUAAUAUAAAUCAGUCUGAGUCUAAACUGAGACAGACAAGUUAAAAAAAAACAACACUACAGGAGUUACAGCAGUAGGAUUUGAUUAAAAAAAAAAAGUUAACACAUCAAGUCAGUAAGAUUCUCAGUCUAUAUAAUGUUAAAUUUAAAAGUAAAUAUACAGUACUUUAUUUUAGAGGAUAAAAUUACAACAAAUUGUAAUUCACUUAAUUUUGACCAUAAACGUGAUGAUAGAUCACAGAUUGCGUAGUGGUUCAUUCAACUAAUUGGUGCCAGCAAUAUGGGUUCAGUUCCCACUCAGUGAGGAAAAGUGGUUAUAGAAAAUGGAUGGAUGGGCAAAUGAUGACACUAUUUUGUAUGCAGUAUGAUUGUUUUAUUUUUGUCCUCUUUAUAUUGUUUGCGAGGCUUGUUCGAAUCAGGGGAGUUGCUAUGAUUGAACAGGAAAAACCAAUAAAUUCUGAUGUCACAUUCCUUGCAGGUUUUAGGAAAUGUACCUGUAUAGCGCUGGAUGUUUGUAGUUUCAUCAGUGGUAGUACCAUUGCAAAUAUUGCCUUCAUGUAUAUCAUUAAAAGUGCUCCUAAUUUGUGAA